AUGGGAGAUCAUUGUGACGACGCUCAGAGAACAGAUCGCAAUGAAGUUGAAAGCGGCUCUCCUGCUAACAGACCAGAAAUUGGUGGCGGAUGCCGGAGACGAAAAUCCAAUCCUAAAACGGCAACGAGCAGGAAAGAACGAAGACGAACGCAGAACAUCAACGCAGCGUUUGAAGACUUAAGGAAACAUAUUCCUAACGUUCCAUCUGACACCAAGUUAUCUAAGAUCAAGACUCUAAAGCUGGCUAUGAGUUAUAUACAUCAUUUGGAAAAUCAACUAGAAGGCGAAACCCGCGACCAGGAAAUUGCUACGCCUACGACAGAGCCAACACAUGAAACAGACGCAAACAACAACUCGACGGAGGGUGAAAAGGAUAGCAGUAAUCACACCAAAGAGGAAUCGAACUCACCAAGGGUAAAUACUAAUUAACGUUUUUUAAGGGAUAUAUUUAUUUGGGACCUUGUAAUGCAAAAGUGGGGCCUCCUGCUAAGGCCAUUAUUUCGUAAUAUGCUUUCUUGUAAUAUCAACCCUUAAGUGUUUUUACAAAUGAUCAUUUGGCUUCUACAUGAGCCACUGGUUUUCAUUCUAAGUUAUUUCGCGAGGUUUAGUGCAGGGACUUCAAAUUAUGGAUCGACUGUCUUAUAAAAUGCAAAGAAAAUAACAUUCGUCUCUUGACUUUACGAGGACUUUACCUUCAAUGAACUCUAUGGGGUUCCGCUUCUAUUCUAUGCAAAUGCACAGUUAAUUUACAACAGAUUGUUGUGGUUGGUUUGUGAAAUAUCGUCCCAUCCCCGAAUCCCCUCUCUCCUGUACUUUGAAGUGCAGGCUCGCGACUUGCACAUUCCGAUGACUCAUUCCCUUGUACUCACUUCGAAUUAACCAAAUGUUGUAUUAAAAAUGAGGAUUUCUCUCGCACUUUCUUAAACAGAGUGAUGAUGAAAAACAGAGCAGCGUAGCUCCACCUCGCCGCAGCUCCAGAACAGGUUGGCCACAACACGUCUGGGCUUUAGAACUAAUGGGAACAGCGAAACAGGAAUCCGUAUCGUGA